GUUCACUUAAGGACUAAGGAUAGUAUCUUACUAUGAUUUACUAAUUUCGUUUUCCUCUUUUAUCGUUAAUAUACCUAGGCUCACGCCUGGAGGUAUUAGUGAUCCACUGCUACAAGACACGGAAGCUCGUUAAGCGAAUGCUUCUUCUAUUCCGUCUAAAACCAUUCGAACCAUUUGAAUCAGCGCGUGACUUGAGGUUAGCGUCACAUGGCAGCAUUUACAAUGCUAGACGGUGUGAACAAUGUGGUCGCCGAGUUAUAUUCGUAUUUUACGGAUGUUCAGAUAUCAUUUAUAAAAUAUGCUAUAACUGCUCUUCUGGUGACAUCUACGUCUUUCUACUUGUUACGAAGAAGCCUCGGGAAAGACCCAGUCUUAAUCAACACGAAAAAGUCUAAAACACGCAUCAAGAAAAGCAAGACUAAAUCGUCUGAUGGUAGAACAUCGUCAUCGGAUGGUGAUCACGCAGAAAUUAAAAAACCUGUGGUCCCACCACGCAACACAAGUAUUGUGAAUACUCAAAAAUCACGUAUUCCUGUGAGUACAACCGUUGAAGUGUCACCCAUGUUUCAAAAUCUUGCAAAAGAUGAUCCUGGAAACGAUGAAAAGAGCGAUGAUUGGGUUACUAUUAAAAAAGGAAAGAAGAUUUCAGAUCAGCGCCCAAAAUAUAAGGAAACUAUUAAAGAACCUAAAACAAUUAUCUCAGAGGUCAUCACUUCGAAAGGCGAAAAUGGUGGAAAGCAUCAGUUUGCUAGUGCAGAAAAUGGUGUCGAUCCUGUACCUUUAAAGGCAUCAAAAAAAUUGCCACCUGUUCCACAAAUUCCGACUUAUAAGUCGGCUGUUUUCGAAUCUGAUGGCGAUUGGCAUGAGGUUCGAUCCUCAAGGAAGGGGCGCAAGACGGUGAAACAAUGAGAUCUCCAUACAUACGAAGUGUACAUAUCCCCUGUGAUUUCUACAAGUGCCUACUUUGUUGUUAUCCUAUUUUUGUUUUUUUUUAUUCCAUUAUCCUUAUACAAACCGUAUUAAUCAAGUUCCAUAUUUACUAGUGUAUUGUAUCACUUGGGAUUUAAUAACCGUCAGAUACUAGAAUCAAGAUUCGGUCGUUGGCUUUGUCUUUCUUUUUGUCUCAUAAUGUCCAUUAUUUUGUAAUAUGAUUCUUGUGUUCAGCAUUAUCACUUUUCGAACUGUAAUGUUCUUGUCAGGUAAACAGUUUGACCCAGUUUGAUCAAUAAAGUAUGUCAUUGUUAUC